AUGUCUGACAAUGCCUCUCAGCUUAAACUAACAGCAAAGGUUUUGGAUCGUCAGUGGCAACAAGUGAUUGCCAUUGAUGAAGUACUUACUUGUAGCUAUUACUCACCAGAAAGUAUCACCUGGAAAUGUACUACAGCAGCGGCUCCUUGGCAAGGUGGAUUCUUUGAACAAUUACUUGGAUUAGUGAAACGAGCACUUAGAAAGUCGAUAGGGAGAAAACUACUUGAUUGGGAUGAAUUGGCAAAUCUUCUUGCAGAAAUCAAAGCUAUUAUAAACACAAGACCUCUCACAUACGUGUUUGAAGACUUUGAAUAUGGAUUUCCAUUAACUACUGCUCACUUCUUAUCUCAUCACGCAUAUCUCGGGGUAACUGGACCUACUAUUAAAGAUAUGAAUGAUGAGGAAUACCAGCCUAAUAGCAACACUUCCUAUGCAUUGGAAAGAAAAUGGAGACAAGACCAGAAACGACUUGACACCUUUUGGGAUCAGUGGCAUAAAGAGUAUUCGCUCAGUUUAAGGGAAACAUUGCCAUUGAGACACAAAGGGGUAAAGUCUGCAAUUGACUCGGUGCCUCAAGAAGGUCAGGUAGUUGUUAUUAAAGAACAGGACACUCCACGGGGUACUUGGAUCAUGGGAAGAAUUGAAGAGACUAUUGUGGGAGAAGAUCGAUGGUAA